AUGACCGACCAGCCUGCGUCCAAGGUUGAUAAACCAAGGAAAGUUAAACGGAGAGGCAAUAGGGCGCUCAAAGCAUGCGAGAACUGCCGCCGUAUGAAAACCAGAUGUAUUUUAUCGCCCUUACCCAACGAACACCAAUGUCUCCGAUGCGACACUUUAAAGUUGAGAUGCUCAUUCCAGGAUUUAUGGGAAGCAGAAGACGAUAAAACAAAUCAAUCCGGUAGCGAAGCCACCGAUUCUCAGGACAAAAACAAUAACAAUUCUUCCAUUACGAGCUACGAGUCUGCCGAAGUAACCAAAAGACUUUUGAAAAGUGGAUAUUCGCCAGAGCACUUUGCAGUUCAUUCAAAACUGCUCCAAAACGUCAAUAAGAAUGUCUCCAAGAUCCUAGAACUGCUGCAAAGCCAACGUUCCACGACAGAUGCCCGGGAAAACUACUUGAAGAGUUCUGAACGUGAAGUUCAAACCGUGCAUUUGGCAGUCGAAGACGCAGCACCCACCCUUCCGCCACAGGUAAAUGGACUGGACCACUUGGCAGCUUCAGUCUUGGGCUUGGCAAAUUCUGGGGCAGGCUCCCCUGAUUUCAACGAAUCCACAAUCAAGGUCGAACAUCGCUAUUCGACGCCCUACUUGACAUGUCCCUUCACAAUGAUCACACAAAUGGCUUCUCGCGAAAACGUACCACUGUCAAUCCGCAAACUGUACGAACGGGCUUUCAUGCCGCAGGAACUCGUUGCUGAUGUCAUAGAGAUGGAUCUCUUAACUCAAGACGAAGUUGUUCUGUUGAUGGAGUCCUUCCGCGAUGGGUACGGAAAGUGGUGCUCAUUCCCAGAUUCGUCGAGCUCGCACAAGUUGGUCGAAAUCCUGAGGGCACGGAACGCUAGCUUGUUGCUAAGCACCAUAUGCGUGCUCGCGCUCCGAUACACGACACAGCAUCACGAUCUGAAGACUCGUAUUUACAAAAGCUUACUCUACAAACUUAAAACCGACGUAGACUCUAGUCUACAAAUGGUCCCACAAACAGUCGAGUUCAUUCAAGCAAUUGUACUUCUGUCGUUGUACGCAAACUCCUUCAGCAGCGACAUAAUGGCCGUCGACGCUUGGUAUAUGUCAGGUAUUGGUCUACAACAGUUUCUCAGCGUGCGCACUAGUGAAGGGCAAUACGGCAGUGAAAAUGAAUCAACCGAGUUCAGUGAAUCGGUGAUUUCAAGCAGCCUAGACUCCUCAGAUUCCGCAACUGGUGACUCAGGCUCCCAGUUUCGCAAGCUUCAGUUAUAUCGGCUUUGGAAUCACUUGUGCUUAGCCCACAUUGCAAACUGUGUAUUCUCAGGUAGAAUGUGCAUCAUUGAUGGAAUUAGAGCUGACUUGUGUCGACGGACAUUAGACUUCCCCAAAUCCACUAAUUUUGAUGGGAGAAUGGUGGCAGAGAUAUCAUUGCAAUUGAUUCUGUACAAUUUUGUUCAGCAGUGUACCCUAAGCUCAUCUAAGGACCAUACGAGCUCUGCCGCUUACGAGGCGGUUAAUGAGGAGCUGCGUAUCUGGAAUGAGGAAUGGGGUUAUCUUCUUACUCAACCCAUAUACCCGUCCAAACAAUAUGCAGAGUUUGCUUUAGAUUACAGUCAUGCGAUUGUGCUCUACACUUGGUUUCAUAGGUCAUACAGAGGGAAUAGAUCAAAUACUAGUGGCGUUAAUGGCCUCAGAAGUAACCAAAGGAAUAUUCCGGCAUCGGCUAUAUCCAAUCAAAGUCCUCUUCUCGAGAACCUAAAUCGCGAGUUCUCCAUACCAGAUAUUGUGAGCUCGAUGCCGAUUGACGUGCAGUUCAUGAUACUCAAACACACCCACAAAGCUAUCGAGGCAAUGAUAAGUGGCCACUUCGAAAGCUUUCGUUUCCUCUCAGAUCAACUAAUCUUUCAGUGCGUCCACGCUUCUCUGAUGUGCCUGAUAGUAGCUCGCAACUUGUACUAUGUCGAAAACUCACUUCUGAAAGAAGAGCAAUUGGAGCAAGUGCUUAGCGACGUCAAGAAGUUCAGCUUAAGACUACACAAGGUAAGACAGGGAGAACUCAAAAGCUUCUGGGUGGAGGAAGUCGACCUAAAAAUCCCAAGCGUGAUCCUGCAGUAUCAUAAGUCCAUAGAGGCAUGUCUUCAAGACAGUUUUCCCGAAUAUCAAAUUCAAGUUAGUGACGAUUACCUAUAA